AUGGAGGUUCUAUCGCGUCUUUUAAAUGCCUAUCGCGACUUGGAUUUGUUCCGCGGAAUCAAGGUAGCCAGAGGUGUUCCUGAAAUUACACACUUGUUCUUCGCGGAUGACAUUUUUAUUUUCUAUCGUGCUUUUGAUGAUCUUCGCACUGUUAAGGCUGUGUUAGAUCUUUUCUCGGAUCUGUCUGGACAAGAAAUAAAUUUUGAAAAGAGUGGGAUCUAUUUUAGCCGAAAUGUGACCCCCUUGGAACAACGUAGACUUGGUGCAAUAUUAGGAAUUCCUCUAAUGAACCCUUCUGCGAUGUACCUGGGGCGAAGUGUUCUGAUUAAAUCUGUGCUCAGUUCGAUGCCUACUUAUCAAAUGAGCUACUUUUUCUUUCUUGAUAUUAUUUGUAAAAAGAUUGAUUUCAUCAGCUAUAAGUUCUGGUGUGGUGGAUCACAGGAGGAAUCUAGAUCUGCUUUAAUCUCUUGGAAGAAGAUGUCUUCUCCUAAAUUUGCUGGUGGACUGGGGUUUCGACCUGCUCGGGUUCAGAAUGUGGCCCUUCUAUGCCGACUUGGAUGGCGUCUUCUGACUGAGCCACAUUCGGUCUGGGCCAGGGUUUUAAAGGCUAGAUAUUACCCCUCGACUUCGCUUUUUGACCCAACAACUGCCGUAAAACGUGGAUCCUGGGUCUGGAACAGUAUUGCCAAAAUCCUUAAAUAUCUUAGAUCCUUCUCUUUGAGGAUUAUUGGGAACGGGACUGAUACCUAUUUUUGGACAGACCCCUGGAUCCCUUCAAUCCCACAUUUUACACUUAAGCCCUCUGAAUCUCAGCGGACGUAUCCUGAAAAGGGUUUCCGGUUAAAGAUUUUGUGUCGAAAUGGAAACAGGUGGAUCCCACAUGUGCUCUCUGUGGCACCUAUAAUGAGACCAUCUGGCACAUAUUACUUUCGUAACAAUUUGAUUUUUAAUAAUGUUAUGCCUGAUCCUUUAGCUGCGGUAAGGAAGAUUGAACUUUGGUUACGGGAACUUCGGUUUCAACCCAGAGACAUAAGAGUGAUAGAGUACUCUGAUUGGGCUGUUUUGUAUUUUGCAACAUGGUAA